UUUCCAUUCUGGUCAGUUUGUUUGCACGCUUGAUAUGUUUGUCAUGAUUACUCAUCAGCGACAGCAGCAGGCGGCACCCUUCAUGUGUUUACAGCCACUGCACUGACGCGUCGCGUCGCGUUUCAGCCCACUUUCUGCCGCUUUCCUGUGCGCUUCAUAGGAAUGGAAAACAAACGUAAAAGUUAGGUUCCCGAUGACGGGGCGUACAUCCAUUAACUAUGUCUAAGAACGCGGAUUACUGUCAUCGUAUUAAAAUUAUCAUUUAUGAUCAUGGCGGCGUCGCAGCGCGCGAGAAACUCUGAACUUAAACAGAGCGAAACAUGGAAGCGUCACAUUAUCAGACAGCUGAAAUAUCGCAACAGGACACAGACGAGCGUCUUCCAGGAUCUCAUAGAGUCAUAUCACAGUCUGCUGGAGAAGUCAAAGCAAAGAGCCCUCAUAACCAAAGGCAUUCUGGGAUCAGGGUCAAGGCCCUCACUAUCUGAAGAUUCUCUGACGUCUCUAAAAACAACCACCGGCGAGCUUGCAUACCAAGUGGUGGAGCUGCAGCAGAGAAUCCAGAUAAAGGAAGUGGCACUGGAUGAACAGCAUACCAAGCUAUAUGAGGUCCAAAAUCAUCUCAGUGCUUUGGCAUCAGAGCACAGCAUGCUUCAAGAGCGCGUGGCAGAGGUUCAAACUAGAAACCAACUUCUGAAACAGGAAUAUGAUUCUUUGCUGGAGAAGCACCAAAACAUAGAGAGGACUUACAGACAGGAGAAACUCCGCAGUUCUGAGAUCCUGGAGAACAUGAUCCGUCCAAAACAGCAGGCCGCCGUCCGGAUGAACCAUCGCAACGAGAAGAGAGUGAGAGCCAGAGAGGCCAGUCUUCACAAAGAGCUUCAGAUGGCUGCAAGCAAGAAUGUGAAUAUUAACGAAGAGUCUGGAAACGUUUCACCUCCCAAACCUUCAUCCCCUACAAGUGACGCUUCACAGAGAUUGGAGAGAGCCCAUGGAGCGCUUUUCAGGUCUGCUUCAGCUACGUCUCCCCGCAUCAUCAGCUCCAUCAGAGGACUUUUUGAGAGGAAGAUAAGAGGUAAAUCAGUUUGCAGAUCAGAGGAGGACCUCUAUAUACCAUUAGGAGUCUGUCUGAAUGCCAGAGUCCCGACCAAGCCAAUUUUUACAACGGAUGCUCAUGAGCUGGGAAUCAAUGCUGUGAGGUUCAGCACUAGUUCAAACCUGCUGGCUACAGGAGGAACUGAUAGAGUCAUCAAACUGUGGGACAUUGAAGCAGGAACUCUUCAGAACAGAGGGAUGUUAGAUGGAAGUAAUGAGGGGAUCACCAGCAUUGAGUUUGACCCGACGGGCACUCGAAUUUUAGCUGCGUCAUAUGACAAGUCUGCUCUAUUCUGGAGGCUAGAGGACAGCGUUCCCAAGGUUACAUUGACAGGUCAUUCCCGUAAAGUGACGGCCGCCAGGUUUAAAUACAGUCAGAGGCAGGUGGUGACGGGCAGCGCGGACAGGACCGUGAAGAUAUGGGACCUCCAGCGAGCAGCGUGCGUACAAACCAUCGAGGUUCUGUCUUUCUGUAGUGAUGUCGUGUGCUCCGAGUACCUCAUCAUCAGCAGCCAUUACGACCGAAAAAUACGGUUUUGGGACAGCAGGGCAGGGACCUGCACACAGGAAGUGCCUCUUCAGGGCAGCGUGACGUCACUGGACCUCUGCCCCAACCACAGGCAGCUGCUCAGCUGCUCCAGGGAUGACAUCCUGCAGCUGGUUGACCUGAGAAACAGUAACGACAGGGUGGCCUUCAGAGCGGAAGGAUUCAAAUGUGGAAGUGACAGCACCAAGGCCAUCUUCAGUCCGGAUGGCAGUUUCCUGGCAGCUGGCUCUGCAGACGGUGCCGUCUACAUUUGGAAUGUGAACACAGGAAACCUGGAAAAACGGCUUCCUGACAUGCACAGAGCUUCAAUAAGCGCCGUGGCCUGGUCGUUGUCGGGUGAAUAUGUGGUAAGCGUGGACAAGAGCCGUCGAGCUGUGCUCUGGAGCGAUAUCUGAGACCAGACACGGGCUGCCUUUUUCCAUCUUAUCAGCUGAAGUCACUCGUAGAAAUGCACUCAGGGAUGUCGUCGAAACACAACCUUGUUGGGAAAAGCUCGCACUCUGCACUGCGUCAGUAGCAAGACCCUCGGUAUUGUGACAGCCUUUGUUGCUAAGAGGCGUCCAAAACGCAGACAGAUGUGCUGAUGUUACAGGGGUCUGGCGACUGUCGAGCAGAGCCGUCUGGGUUUUGUUUUGAAACCUUGCUACAGAUGCAGAAUGUGCCAGAGCGUUUGUAGGCCUUCCUGUUGCUUGACUUUGUACUAUAAUUGUCAGCAACUUCAAAAUCGGAGAUCUCUUGACGCACACCAGAUAUCGCCGCCUCGGGGAAUUGAUAUCAAAGGGAAACCUGAACAAAAUGGAUUCAGCCUGUUUUAGGAACACGACAACACAUUUCUGAAUACGUGGAAACUCGACCCCAAUGCAUUCGCAUAUCAGUCCUAUUUUUAGAGAGCAAAACACAGAACAAAAAAUUGAAUGCCUGGUAAAAGGCCAUUGUAUAUCGUCACACAAUGACACUUAUUCUUGAAUGCAAUAUAAAUGAGAUACAAAUAUAAAUGGAAAAAAGCACUAUUGUUCAAAACUGUGGGGUCAGUAUUUUUUGAAAUCAGUGCUGAUAUUCAUUUGAUCAGUAGUGACGGUAAAGACAUUUACGAUGUAAAAAGAUUUUUAUUUUAAAUAAAUGCUGUUCUUUUGAACGUUACAUGCAUCAAAGUGUCCGUGAAAAAAAUAUUGGCUUGAAAAAAUAUUUAACUAUAAAUAUUUCUUAGCAUGAAUUCUGUAAGAUCUCAUGAUACUGAAGAAUGGAGCCAGUGGCUGCUGAAAAUGUAUCUUUGCAUUAUAAAAAUAGAUGAGACUUAAAAAUAAGUAAAUUUGAAAACUGUUAUUUUAAAGUGUAAUAGUAUUUUACACUAUUUCUUUUUAUUGCUGUCUUUUUUUUAUCAAAUAAAAGCAGGCUCGGAUAACAGAAAUGACUGACUCCAUACUUUUGAUUGCUAGUGUAUAUAUUGUCUUGGACCACAGUAAAAAUCUUAGGAGCGUUGUGAUGCAUUUUAUUUUUUAACACCAACACAUUGAUCUAUUUGUAGAUCACUAACAAAAUGUACUAUUGUAACAUCAUCGUUAUGAUAAUGAUUAUAUCCUGUUCUGCAAAACAUAAUCUUCCGGUUACGUAUAAGCAGGAUGAUUUAAUUUGGCUCGAGUGCUGCUGUCUUUAAAGCAAACCCACCAAUUAUUUUGGUUGCUGAUUUUGAAUUUACAAAUGGUCAUGCCAAUCUAUAUUAAAAUUAGAAAAAGCAGCAAAAAAAGAAGCAUUUUCGCUAGUGGUCUGAGACUUUUAGACCCCGCUGUAUGUUGUUAAUCACUGCCUCAGGGAAGUGCUCGUUUCUACUGGACUGACUCCAGUAUUUUAUUAUAAAAAGGGACUUGUGUUUUAAAAAUGAAUGAGAGGAAGCUUUGGCCUCCGCCACACUCUUUAGUGCUGCCAUAGAGACCCAGUAUGCUCACUGCUAAACUGCGCUCAGAUUAGCAUUUAAAAGAGCCGCGCGUUUGAUGAGAAUCACACCGCACCGCUCCGACUGACUUUGAAGACCAAAAUUACUGCCAUCAGAGAUCACACGAGUCCAGCGUAAUGCACAGACCGCCAUGUGAUUCCAUCUGCUGGGUUCAUUUGCAUGUUAAUUAAAGGUUAGACGAGGGACGCCUAAUGCCCAUCUUACAAUUGUCAGCUGUUGGGCCGAGGAGUUUUAAUGUAGAGUCUAGAAUAUUUAUUAACCUAAAACCAUAUGUGCUAGUUGCUAUGAUGAAGUACUGUGUGCCUCAGAAAUCUCUGAUCUCACUGUAGAUCAAUGUAUAUAUAUAUAUAUAUAUAUAUAUAUUAAUCUGUGUCACUACAAAGAACAUGUACAGUUCAGCCCCAAAAUUUAUAAAGUUGCUAAAAAAUGUAUAAAAUAUUUGAAUUAAACAAAGAUUUUGAUUUCUUAGCGUGUAUUUCAUGAUCUGAAAUAGUGGGGUCAAGUAAAUAAAAGACACUUAAUGAGUUUGAAAAACAGAGAACCGCCUUUUUUGUGUAACUGAUGUACAAUUAAAUUAAUUUUGGCAGUAAAUUCCUUGCAAAGACUGGUGGCACUACUUGGAGCAACAGAUUUGUAGUUAUGGAUUUCUAAAGAUCAUAUUUGUUUGCCCUUAACAGUGCUGUUGUAUUUUUAGAAGAAAGUGUUUUCUUUUAUUUAAUCAUAUUGUCACCAAGUACAAGUUAAAAGAACCCUGCCUUUCCAAAUGUGGAUUGUGCUCAAAGUAGCACAGUUAUCAAGGGAACAGAGGUGUAUUUGUUAACUACCCUCGUUUUUUUUGUAAAAAUGUUAAGGACCAAAAGGGAGUUUGAUGUUGUUUACAUGUAAAAUGAAAGACAAAGAGCAAAUAGGAAUACAUGUAUGCUUAUUUAUGUUCUAACAGGCACUUUUCGUGAAUAGGGUACAAAGUACUGUAUGUCCGGUAUCAGUUUAAACGGUACGCCAAACAAAAACGAAAUGUACUUUGGCGUAUAUAUCACACGUACGUGUUUUACGUGCAUAUGAUACGGAGUUUUCACAUGCAUUUGAUACGAAAUUCGUUGCCAUGUGUAUCAUAUGUACAUGAAAACUUCUUAUAUGCAACAUUAAUUCUACCCAUCGCGUAGCAUAAACACGCCAAAGUCCACUUGGUUGUCGUUAUUUGGCGUAGCCUACUAUUUACGCGCUUUUUCCGUGAAAUCGUAGUCCUAGACCAAAACUUGACUCAAAUACGGGGUUUAAACUGUAUCAUGACACA